AAAACAUUUCACGGAUUAUUAUGCAGUAACAACUCAUUGCAUGCAACCUCACUUCAAUCUAUAUAUACAACACAUACAAUUCACAAAUUAUUAUAAAUAAAUAAAAUCCAUUGCAAAAAAAAAAAAAAAAAAAUGGCCCAAAUUCUGCUAAAAUCUCUCUCAAUCUUAUUUCUGAUUCCAUUUUUCAUAUCACAAUCUUGUUCACAAACUCCACCAGCACAAAAUGUACCACCUUCAACCAUAUGCAAAUCCACUCCCUAUCCAUCUUUCUGCAACACUGUUCUCCCCACCAACAACACCACUUCGAACGUCUACGAUUUCGGCCGUUUCUCCGUCCGAAAAUCUAUUUCCACCGCCCGGAAAUUCCUCGCACUCAUCCAGAAAAACCUCAAGAAAUCCAAAAGUCUAACCACCACCGCAGUUAGAGCACUCGAAGACUGCAGGUACUUGGCCGAAUGCAACGUGGACAACCUCGUAACUUCUUUCCAAACGGUGGACAAAACUUCCAAAACUCUCUCUUUCUUACAAGCCGACGACAUACAAACUUCCCUCAGUGCGGUACUUACGAAUACACAAACGUGUAUCGACGGCCUCCGGGAUACGGCUUCCGCCUGGAGCAUCAGAAACGGCAUCUUGGCGCCUCUCUCUAACGACACGCGCCUUUAUAGUGUCUCGUUGGCUUUGUUCACCAAAGGUUGGGUGCCUAAGGGGAAAAAAAUCAGGCAAUCUUCUAACACCCACAAUGGGCACACAAACCCGGGCAGUCUUUUGCGAAACGGGCAUUUGAACUUGAAAAUGUCGGCCCGGAAUCAGGAAAUUUAUCGAACUGCCAGCAACAGCCACAACAACAACAACAAUAACAAUAAUAACAGAAAGCUGCUUCAGGUAGAUGGUAGUGAUAAUAAUAAUCAGGUUCUUGUGAGUGAUAUUGUGAUUGUUAGUCAAGAUGGGAGUUGGAAUUAUACUUCGAUAAACGAUGCGGUGGCUGCUGCUCCGAAUAACACCGACGGCUCUAACGGAUACUAUCUCGUAUACGUCACUGCUGGCGUGUACGAAGAGUACGUAUCUGUUCCCAAGAACAAGAAGUAUUUGAUGAUGGUUGGCGACGGAAUAAACCAAACAAUUAUCACCGGAAAUCGCAACGUUGUCGAUGGAUGGUCUACGUUCAACUGUUCAACAUUUACUGUGGUAGGAACGGGAUUCGUUGGUGUCGGAAUGACGAUCCGUAACACAGCCGGAGCAAUCAAGCACCAAGCAGUAGCCGUACGAAACGGGGCGGAUUUAUCAACAUUUUACAGCUGCAGCUUCGAAGCGUACCAAGACACACUCUACGUUCACUCCCUCAGGCAAUUUUACGUGGAGUGCGAUAUCUACGGCACAGUAGAUUUCAUCUUCGGAAACGCGGCAGCUGUUUUACAGAACUGUAACCUCUAUCCACGUCAGCCAAUGGCCAAUCAGUUCAACGCAAUAACCGCGCAGGGAAGAACCGACCCGAAUCAAAACACGGGACUGUCGAUCCAGAAUUGCACUAUUCGGCCCGCAGACGAUUUGGCUAACAGUAGUUAUACCGUCAAGACGUAUUUAGGCAGGCCCUGGAAAGAGUAUUCCCGGACAGUUUACAUGCAGUCGUUUAUGGAUAGUUUUAUCACUCCGGUGGGAUGGAGUAUUUGGUCCGGAGAUUUUGCUUUGAACACUUCGUAUUACGCCGAGUUCGGAAAUAGUGGGCCCGGCUCGAAUACUAGUCGGAGAGUGACGUGGCCCGGGUUUCAUGUUAUCAAUACUACUGAUGCUGUUAAUUUCACUGUCUCUGCUUUCUUGAUUGGAGAUGAUUGGAUACCCCAAACUGGUGCCCCUUACACAUCAGGCCUAAUCUGAUUAAUGAUUAUAUAUAUUUUUAUUUUAUUUAAUGUUAACAAGAUUCUUGUAAUUGUUUAUUCACAUAAUUAUAAUAAGAAAUAUAUAU